AUGGCACCAAGUCACCUGCUGUGUACUUUUAGUCCUUCCCGUCUCACCUUGUUUCUUUCACCUCCUAUCUUUCUCCUGUCAAGCUAUCUUGUCAUCUGUCUUUCGUUUGCAUUUCGAGUCUACACUUUCAACUCCAAUACACUCGUUCAAAUCAAGACUCACUUGAACAACAACACAAGUACAUUCAUAAUGUCUACUACCACCACCUCCGUCGCCGCCAGCGCCACUGCCUCCUGCAACAGCGUGACCUACUGGCAGCUCCCCGUCGACGAUGCCGCCUGCGCCCUCCCCAAGACCGGCAACUACUCUGAUGUCAUGGACAAAUGCUGCUCCCCGGCCAAGGUGACCGAUUUCGACAACGGCUGCGGCCUCUACUGUCUCGCCCAGGGCCAGAGCGUCGGCGACCUCAAGGACUGCCUGCGCAAGAACGGCGCCCAGGACGGUCGCGAGUUCUACUGCAAGGGCAAUGAUACCGCCACCGCCACGGCCUCCGCUCCGUCUUCCACCAAGACCGGCGACAAGACCGGUACUGCCACUGGCAGCGGUGCCUCCUCCACCUCCUCCGACAGCGCCGCCUAUGCUAUCCAGCCUGCUGUUUCCAAGGGCGGACUCGGUCUCUUGGCCAUGGUCUUCUGCUCCGCUUUGAUGGGGGUUGUUGCCUAG